GCCUGUUGCAAGGAUGUCCGACGCUGAACAUGGGCGCGUUGAUGCCCAACUUGACGAGGCUCUGAGAUUUUAAUACGCACCCAAAUCUUGUUUUCCUAUUAUCCUCUAUGAGUUGGUCAAAUAGACACGCCUACGUGGAUUUAUUAACUGCAUUUUCCCAUCGGACGACGACGAAAGAUAUAACGAAGAGUCUUCCUCUAUAAAAAGACAGCAUGGCGACGCCGCAGCUUUCAGAUUCUCGACAGUAUACCGUUGGCAUAAUUACCGCUCUUGACAAGGAGCUGGCAGCAGCAAUGGCUGUGCUCGAUGAAAAGCACCGGAAGCCGCAGAAAUUUAAAAAGCACCCAAAAGACACCAACACCUAUACUUGGGGCAGGAUUGGAGAGCACAAUGUUGUUAUUGCGUCUUUGGCCGCUGGAAGCUAUGGCACCGUAUCCGCAGCCACGACCGCCUCGAGCAUGAUUAGCUCUCUUCCACAUAUCCGGUUUGGCCUCAUGGUCGGCAUUGGGGCCGGAGUCCCUAGAUUGGAGGACAAAAUUGACAUUCGCCUUGGUGAUGUCGUCGUUAGCCAACCCACUGGAACAAGCCCAGGAGUGGUCCAGUACGACCUCGGUAAACUGAAAAAGGACGGCAAGUUUGAGCGCGUUGGUCAGCUCAGCGCGCCUCCGGACGUCCUUCUGAAAGGCCUUCAAGCGCUCAAGGCAGAGCACUUGAUAGAAGACUCCCAAAUACCCACGAUCCUAGAGGACAUGGUGCAGCGCUACCCCAAGAUGAAAGAACCGGGAGAGAACGGAGCUUCAGGCUUCAUCUACCAGGGCAUAGAAAAUGAUCGGUUGUUCAUGGCGUCCUCUAUUCAUAUAGACAUCCCAAUCACUGACGGUACGGCAUCCGGCCACGACAGCGCGUGUGCACAUUGCGAUUCUACUAAAGAGAUAAAACGCAAGGACCGAUCUUCCAAGCCGGCGAUUCACUACGGUGUCAUUGCGUCAGGGAACUCGGUCAUAAAAGACGGCGUUUCUCGAGACGAGGUCCUGCAGCGACUUGAAGAGAGUCAUCCGGGGAAUCUGUGACUAUGCAGAUACACACAAGAACGAUCGCUGGCAGAACUACGCAGCUGCGACUGCGGCUGCAUUUGCAAAGGAACUGUUAACCGCCAUAGACGGGGACGAUGUUGAGAGCACCCCGCCGAUAGAGGAA